CCGGGCAUGGAGCCUCUAGUGUGAGGCGCCUCCGGCCCCGGGACGCCCUUCGCAGCCCGGCCGCCGCUCCGCGCCUGCCCCCGAGCCCGGGUCUGUAUCCCACGCCUGCGGCUGGAAUGGAGGCUUUCUGGACCCUUUAGAAGGCUUCCCCACCCUCCUGAGGUCAGCCGAGUGGUUAAUGCGGAAGGCUAAGAAGCUCCGCCUGGAUCACGACCACACAGAAGGUUGGAGAAGCUUGUCGCUGAAUUCUGAGGGGACAGAGAGGAUGGCCACUGGGGCGCCAGCGUCUGAGCGGGGUGACGCGGUCGGGACGGAGGACCCGGCCUCCCGCUUCCAGGUGCAGAAGCACUCGUGGGACGGGCUCCGGAACAUCAUCCACGGCAGCCGCAAGAACUCGGGCCUCAUCGUCAACAAGGCUCCACACGACUUCCAGUUCGUGCAGAAGACAGACGAGUCGGGCCCCCACUCCCACCGCCUCUACUACCUGGGUAAGCCCUCCAGGCGCCCUCAGGCCCAGCCGGUCCUAUCGGUUAGGAGGCCCAAAAAGAAGGGCCUGGCCCUGGGCAGAUGUCCCAUGAGUCUGUGCCACCGCGGUGACUUCCGUUUGCAGCAGAGGUCUGGCGCAAGGGGCCUGGAUGUCAGCUCCACCAGGUCUCAAGGACCGGGUGACUCCUUAGGUGUGGCCCUUGGCACCAACAUGUCACUGCCCCCUGUGGGGAUAAUGCCCCCUCGGGUGAUCUACCCCAACGAGAGACACAGCAUCCGCUGCCCCGAGUCCGGCGAGCACUAUGAAGUCACGCUGCUGCACUUUCUACAGGAGUACCUCUGA